CCUUGGAAACGGCAUAACAGCGGGGCCGGGAGAGCCAAGAGAGCUUAUUAGGCUAAAAGGAGAGCCAGAGGGAGACUGAUGAGCUCGCGGCCGUGGACACACACUUCAAUGCUGCAGGGGAGAUAUAAAAGCCCUCUCACACACAGCGUCCAGCUUCACUGAAGUGCUCCAUUUGACAUGGGUGUGAGUUUCUCACCACAGAGAAUGCUUUCCUCCAGGACACCACAGGACUCAGCUUGAAAGGUUUUAAAGGAAAAAUAAACAGUUGGUUUGGACAGCAGGUGACCACAGAAAUUGCCUGUCUUUGAGGAUGGAUGUUUUUUUGGGCUAAGUAGCUUCCAGGUUUUUGGGGUUAUUUUUGUUAUGUGAAUGUUAAUGGUGGACAGGCACUGUCAAGCUGUUUGCAGAGGAAAAGAUAGAUAGCCAGAAAUGUUUUUGAACUCUAACCCACAGUUAUUGUGACUUUUUUGCCACUUUUUAUCAAGUUUAUCAUAUUUUUUUAAUUAUCCACAAUUUAUCCAAACCAAACACUGAAAAACAGAAGUAUUGAGCGAAGAUGGACUUCUCAUUCGCCUCAGAGAUGUUUUACAAUGCGGGGUCGAUAGCUGACCCCACCACCAGUUACGUGGACAAGGACAUGUAUGUGCAGGAGGAUCUGGAUGUGUUCAGUGUGACCAUGGCUGUUCUCUACCUGGCUGUGUGCAUCGUAGGGCUGGGCGGGAACACCCUGGUCAUCGUCGCCAUCUUAAAGUUGGACAAGAUGGCUUCUGCCACCACAGUGUACAUCUUUAACCUGGCCCUGGCCGACGGCCUCUUUAUGGUGGGCCUCCCCUUCAUCGCCAUCCAGAACUUCCAGAACCACUGGGCAUUCGGGGACCUGGCCUGCAAGCUGGUCAUGGUCCUGGACGGCAUCAACCAGUUCACCAGUGUCUUCUGCCUGACCGUGAUGAGCAUUGACCGCUACAUGGCGCUUGUUGACCCGCUGCGGUUUGCCCGCUGGCGCACGCCCAGGCGGGCCAAGAUAGUCAGCGGCUUCCUGUGGCUGUUCUCUCUGUUGCCUGUCCUCCCCAUGACCAUCCAUUUCUCGGCUAGGGACGGCCUGUGUAACCUGGACCCCCAGGUGGCCUCAGACUCCUGGUGGCUGGCCUUCAUCACCUAUACCUUUGUCCUGGGCUUCGCUCUGCCCUUCCUGGUUAUGAUUGUCUCCUACACCGCCUUGGUGGUCACCCUGAGGACCAACUGCCGCCAGGCCAGCUCCCCAGGCCAGGAGAGCCCUCGCCUGGAGACCCAGGUCACCAAGAUGGUGGUGGCGGUGGUGCUGGCAUUCGCUGUGUGCUGGCUUCCUUUCUACGCCUUCAACUUCUGCUCGCUGUACCAUGCGGACCUGGUGCUGACCUUUGCUAGGUGCUUUGAGUUUGUGGUGCUGCUGUCCUACUCCUGGAGCUGUGCCAACCCCAUCCUGUAUGCCUGCCUCUCAGAAACCUUCGGACGCCACUUCCUCACACUCCUCUGCCCCACCAAGAGGUCUCCCAGCAUGCACUGCAACCCUGACACGGAGCGCUAUGACCUCAACGACACAAGUGCGGUGGCAUAGAGAAUCCUGAAAAACAUUCCACAUCAGCCCAAAGGGGCAAUAUGGAAUUGUGGAAACUUUUUUGUAUGUACGCUAACUUUCCCUAUAAAUGAUGACCUUCAUUCUGUGUCUUUGGACAUGUCCUUUGUAUAUAAAGGAGGUUGGUAAAGAUUAUAAUGCCAAGUGUUUUUCUAUACAAGUGUUUCUACAUUCGUUUCUGUACAGCUGUUGUUUUUCUACUGGAUAAUAGACUUUCUAUUUCCACUCCGCUCUGACUUGUUCUCUAAUUUCAUUUCAAAUAAGGCUGCGGUGAGGCCCCACUGCUCUAUCACACCUCUGUAAUUCGAUUUUCCAUAACUAAUUAAAUGAGGCAUAAAUUCUGUGACAACAGAGAGGCGACAACAGGUGGCAUGUAAACAAGAUGGUAGCUACAAUAUGUGCUGCUGGCCAAGACAAAGAGCUCCCAGAAGACCCCACAAAAGAAGGUGACUUAAUGAUGGCAAGUUUGCUAUGUGUCCGUCUCUCUAGCAGGAUCGAUUUAAGGCGCAUCUUAUUGUCGUGUUAAAUUAGUUUCACAAUUUACAAAUAUUGUUUAUGGAUACGUAUUACAUAUUGCUGAUUGAAUCUCACUUACUCACUACAGUAUCAUCACCUUUCUGUUUUGAAUAUAAAAUCACACGAGAGAAAAGUAACUGAUGGAAAUGUGCAUUAAAAACAUAUAAAUCACAA